CGCGGCUGCAGCUCGGCCCGACCCGGCCCGGUUCUGCCCCAAACGUCCCGGUUUUGCGGUUUCGCUAUGGGAGCGGCUCAGAGCCAGAAGUUGCGGGAGGGAUCCGCCGAACGCCGCUCGGAUUCCGAAGGUAAUUAUGAGACCCCUGAAGCAGAAACGCCGACCUGCUCAGCACUAAAGGAGCCCAGCGAGCUGCAGCCCGAGGCCGGGACCCGAGGGCUCAGCGGCCAUGGGGAGCUUCAGGGAGGGGAGCAGCACCCUGAAGAGGAGGCUCAGCCUGAGGUCGGGGCCUCUCCAGCCCACAUGGGGACUGAAAGUGGCCCUGAAGACACGGCUGUGACGCAGCUGCCGGUUGAAGCCCGGCCACCGGUGCCCCAUGAGGGUGCAGCCGAGUGUGAGCAGGUCAUGUCAGGAGGGGACACAGCUGAUGAUGGUUUGGGGCUGACAGAGCCAGAAAGGGAUGCUCUGGUGCAGGAGAGCUCACCCUGUCAGCUGCAGAAGGGAAAGCUGCCUUCCCAAGGGAGCAGAGGAGGGGAAAGCACAGAGCCUGCGCCCGGUGAGGAGCCCUCAGUGCCUCUGGCCUCAGACCCUGAGCAGUACAAAGAAGCUGACAGUUCUGUCAUGGCAGAGGGCUGCACGCUGCAGAGCUGCCCACCAGCCCCCCAUUGCCUCCCACUGAGUGAGCCCAGGGGGGACCUGGGCACCCAACCUCCAGGGCAGCUCCCAAAAGCUGAAGUUGAUGCCACAGAAGGUGGGGACGGUGUGGAGACCCGGAGAGCCUCACCGAGGAAGGCCAGCAGGAUUCCGGCCAGCAAGCUGACACCCAAGAGGCACAGGAGGCCCAUAGAGGACACAGAGAAAGGUCCCCAGGGCCCCCCCAAGGCCUCCCCUGCAUCGUGGGACAGCCCUGAGCUCGGUUCCUUCGGUGGCAGCUCAGCACUGCAGCACUCGCCUGCCCUCCCCAAAGGCUCUUACCAGUUCGACCCCAAUAACUUUGACUCCGUGGAUCCCUUUAAGCCCACCAAGACCCUCACCAGCACCACUGACUGCUGUCCCACGGCCGACAACAGCCUGAAUGAGAUCCUGGAGUCCCAGACGCUGGAGGAUGAGCUGGGGAAGAGCAGAGGCUCCCCACAGAAGGCCAAAUCGCGUCUGAUAACGAGCAGCUGCAAGGUGAAGCAGUACGAGACGCCGGCGCUGCUGCUGGAUGGCUGCACUCAGGAUGAGGGAACGCUGAUCUCUGAAAUCCCAGACAUUGCUGCUAGGGAUGGACGUGCCACCGAUGAGGAGAAGCUGGCAUCCACCUCCUGCACACAGAAAGUGGCUGGGCUGGAGAAGAAGGGAGAGCCUGAGGAUGACCUGGAGUACUUUGAGUGCUCCAAUGUCCCCGUGCCGGCGGUGAAGCCCAGUGUGGAGACAGGCUUUGAGGAGAUCUCCAAGCAUACGGACAAGGAUAGAUCUGUUGCCUUCCCUGUGAGUGCUGCAUGUUUCCCCCUCUCUGCCCACCUUGGGCUGGCUCUGCUGGGGCUGCUGCACGGCUGUGGGGCUGAUGGUGGUGGUGGUGGGGGGGGAACCUGUGCCAGCAGAGCUGCCCCAAUCAGUGGGUCUGCAGGCGGAGCAAGGUCUCAUUCUGCCGCUCCCCAGAUAAUCACAAAGGAGAUCGAAGCCAAUGAGUGGAAGAAGAAGUACGAGGAGAGUCGUCAGGAGGUCCUGGAGAUGAGGAAAAUUGUGGCUGAGUACGAGAAAACCAUUGCCCAGAUGAUAGAGGAUGAGCAGAGGACAAAUAUGACCUCCCAAAAGAACCUGCAGCAGCUCACCAUGGAGAAGGAGCAGGCGUUGGCAGAUCUCAACUCUGUGGAGAGGUCCCUGUCGGAUCUGUUCAGGAGAUACGAAAACCUGAAGGGUGUCCUGGAAGGCUUUAAGAAGAACGAAGAAGCCCUGAAGAAGUGUGCUCAGGAUUAUUUAAACCGUGUCAAGCAAGAGGAGCAGCGAUACCAGGCCCUGAAGGUCCACGCGGAGGAGAAGUUGGACAAAGCCAACGAGGAGAUCGCCCAGGUGCGCACCAAGGCCAAAGCAGAGAGCGCAGCGCUGCACGCGGGGCUGCGAAAGGAGCAGAUGAAGGUGGAGUCCCUGGAGAGAGCCCUGCAGCAGAAGAACCAGGAGAUUGAGGAGCUGACCAAGAUCUGCGACGAGCUGAUUGCAAAGCUGGGCAGGGCAGACUGAGCUCACCGCCCCAGCGCUCCGCACCCGGCUGCUUUUCUCCUACCUUCGAGCACUUUGCCUUAUUAUUACCCCGGAGCGACCCUGCAGAAAGCACAGCGUGGCUGCUGCACCCCCAGGUGUGAGGGCAGCCAUCCCCACGUGCUGUCACUGUCCUCACGUGCUGCACGGCACAGCCCCAAGGCACACGUGGUGCGUUGUUCAGAGCGCUGGGGAAGGGGCUCUGCUUGGAGCUCCUUUCCCCACUCAGCACGGCGAGGCACAGAGCAGCAGUCACUCUCUGGGUCUUGCACUGCUGUCACCAGUCCCCCUGCAGCACUGCAUGAUAAGGGAAGCAAACAAAGCCGGCCUUUAUAGGGAAAGGCAGAUCCAGGCAGCAUUUCCCUCAGGCUGCCUGCUGCUUUUUGGAGGUGGUUACCUCUUGGUGAGCCCAGGAGAAGUGCUGAGGCUGAGGCUCCUUCCCUCACAACGCACAGACAGCCCUGAGGUGUCAGAUAAGGGAAAUAAAUGCUGUUGGACUGUUUCCUACCUAGCCUAGCUAAAACCUUAGCAAACCUUUUUGCUGCUACCUUUUUGUAAAAGAAUUGAGCUGUUCUCCUAUUUUCUAACCCCCGUGUUUCCGCAUGCAGUGCAGACAUCUGUUAAAGCAGAGCCAUACACCGGAGAUAUAUUUUAUUAGUUAUGUAUAAAAAGGAUUUAUUACACAGGCACAAAGCCCUGGCAUGUGCAGGGUCCCCACCCACUCCCACUGACCCAACAAAGGGGCUGAUGGCUGAUUCUGUGCACCUGCAGUGUUGUGUUGAACGUUCACCUCUUUGCACAGCUGACAGAAAGGAAAAAUCCUUUUUUUUCCCCCUCUUUUCUUUCCACUGCUGGGGAGUCACAGUGCCAACCACAUCCCGCUGCAGCACGGCUCCUUUCACCAGCACCGGGGUGCCUGCAGCCUGGCACCACUCUCUUCUCCUGUUCUCCCACAUGUUGUGCUCUAUAGCAGCUCUCCCAGCCCCGAGGUGGCUGCAGUGCUGCAGGGUGGUUGUGGCAGCCAGGAGUGAUGCCAGCACAGCCAGCUCAAAUCCUCGUGACGCACGCAUUGCUCAGCACCUCCCCAAAACCACGCAGAGCACACUGAGUGCUGAGCUCUUCCCGCAGCGCACAGAGCUGUGUGGGAGGCAGAGCUGUCCCUGCAGCAGUGAUGUGAUGUGGCAGCAUCCUCACAUCGCUCUGCUCCCGCUGUCCCGUGGCCACACUGCUGCUGCCUCCACCAUCCGCGUGCUGUUGCGUUUCUGUGCCUCUCAGCAUGCACGUACAAUCUGGGCAAAGAUUCCUAAGGAAUGAUUUAUUAACUAUAAUAUGGUUAUAGUUGCAUAUAUAUAAAUAUAUACAUACCGGCCGUAGUUAUCUAUAACAGAAGGCGUAUUUUAAGCUCACUGCUGCAUCCCCUGUGCUGCUCCCUGAGAAACCAACGCUGCGGCACAGCUGUGGUCACCUUUCCUGCAGCAGCAGUGAUGUGCUGUGAUGCUGUGAUGUCCCUUUCAGCAGCAGAGUGCCCACGAGCGCAGUGUUGCUGUGUGUAGAUCUUUUGUCUGCAGUGAAGUGCCAGUGAGUGCCCACCCCGACUGCUCUCCGCUUCCACUGCAUCCCUCCAUCCUCCCCCCCUUUGUGCUGACUACUACCAGGAUCGCUUUGUACACCAUACAUCACUGCCAUCAGCAUCGAUUUUGUACGUACAGUUAUUUCCCUUUUAUAUGUCAGGUAAAUAUUUGUAAGAGUUAUACUCACACAAAGGAGAUUAUGAUGAUGAUUACUAAUAUAUUUUUUUUUCCAUAUUUCAUUGCCUGAGUAAAAAUGGUGUUUAUCACUCUUGAAA